UGUGUAUUAUGUAAUUGAUCCUGGAGCUACGGGCAAGGUAGGUUUUCACGAGAACGCAGCUCGGCAAGAACAACCAGACAAAGAUAACAUACUGGUUCAGAUUUUGAGCUAAUUAGGCCAAUUUCAAUUUCAUCGAAAGAAGGAGGGGGAUGGGGAAGAAGGAGAAGACAGGUCUGGGAAGGACACUGGUGAAGCACCAUAACCAGAUGAUUCAGCAGUCCAAAGAGAAAGGUUUGUUCUACAAGGCGCAGCACAAGAAGGUUCUCCAGUCCGUCACCGAUGUCAGCGAUAUCGACGCCAUUAUUGAGCAGGCCGACGAGGCUGACCGCUUAUUCUCCCUCCAGCAUCCUACCCCGAAUCUCCUCAUCAAUUUGGACACAAGCUCCAGCGCCAGUAACAUAACAUCCGGGGAAUUGAGAGAACAGCAGAAGAACGAGGAGGAACUGUAUGCUAGCAGUCUUCGAGUUCCACGCAGGCCUCCAUGGAAUCCAGGAAUGUCCGUGGAAGAGCUUGAUGCCAAUGAGAGACAAGCUUUCUUAGAUUGGCGUCGGUUGCUUGCUAGACUUGAAGAGAAUGAGAAGCUUGUUCUCACCCCAUUUGAGAAGAAUCUUGAUAUCUGGAGACAACUUUGGCGAGUAGUCGAGCGGAGUGAUUUGCUGGUAAUGGUGGUUGAUGCACGAGAUCCGCUAUUCUACCGUUGUCCUGAUCUUGAGGCAUAUGCUCGAGAAAUUGAUGAGCAUAAAAAGACAUUGCUUCUGGUAAACAAGGCAGAUCUUUUGCCAUUUUCUGUCAGGGAGAGAUGGGCAAAAUAUUUUCGUCUUCACGAGAUUUUAUUCAUCUUCUGGUCCGCUAAAGCUGCUUCUGCAGCUCUAGAAGGGAAAAGUCUUAGUGGCCCAUGGAAGACAGAUAAUACAUCAGAAAGGAUAGUUGAUCCUGAUAUAAAAAUAUAUGGCAGGGAUGAGCUUCUAGAGCGUUUGCAGUCUGAAGCACAAGAGGUGGUCAAAAUGAAGAGAAAAUCUGGUUUGAAUACCACAGCCUCAUCUGAUGUUCAAUCUCAAGUUGAAGAUGCUUCAGGAAGUUCAGUCCCUCGGAGUGUAGUUGUGGGAUUUGUGGGGUACCCUAACGUGGGAAAGAGCUCGACAAUUAAUGCUUUGGUUGGCCAGAAGCGAACAGGUGUCACCUCUACUCCAGGAAAAACAAAGCAUUUCCAAACAUUGAUAAUCUCUGAUGAGCUUACCCUGUGUGACUGCCCUGGACUGGUAUUUCCAUCAUUCUCUAGUUCGAGAUAUGAGAUGAUUGCUUCAGGAGUGUUGCCAAUUGAUAGAAUGACUGAGCACAGGGAGGCGGUGCAAGUUGUGGCCAAUCGAGUGCCAAGGCAUGUAAUUGAGGAAGUAUACAACAUAAAUCUGCCAAAGCCCAAGCCAUAUGAACCACAAUCUCGGCCUCCUCUUGCAAUAGAAUUCUUGAGGACUUAUUGUGCUUCUCGUGGAUAUGUAGCCGCAAGUGGACUUCCUGAUGAAACAAGAGCAGCACGUCAAAUUUUGAAAGAUUUUAUAGACGGUAAGAUUCCCCACUUCAAAAUGCCUCCUGGAAUAUCUGAUGAUGAUAGUGUUCAAGCUCCUGCAGAAAUGAGCUUGUCUGAAAUAGACGAGUUGGAUGCAUCUGAUGAUGCUUCAGACAUUGAAAACUCUCCAGAACAUAAAGAUGAAAGUUCUCCUGUACUUGAACACGUGCUGGAUGAUCUUAACUCAUUUGACCUAGCAAACGGGCUUGCUUCAAAGAAGGUUGCUAAGAAGAAACCAGACUCAUCUCAUAAACACCAUAAAAAACCGCAAAGGAAAAAAGAUCGUUCGUGGAGAGUCAGCAACAAUGAUGAUGACGGAAUGCCAGUUGCAAGAGCCUUCCAGAAACCAGUGAAUACAGGUCCUUUGUCAGCGGGUUAAGGGCCAGAUUUUAUUGUGCUUCUCCAUCGAGCAGUCUAUGCCUGCAAAUUUAGCCGUUUACUUCUCAAAUGGAGACUGUCACUCUGAGGAAGAAGUGGGAACCAUAUUUCCGAUAACUUAAACGCUCGUGGUUCAAAUAUUGUUAUUGGUUUGCAAAUGCAUGUGUCUUUUUUAUCACUUUUGUCUUUUCGGUGAUAAAAGAAUGAAAUGAAACGAUGUUCUUGUUGUUAUCCUUAAAAAGAUGGGCAAUGUAUUUAUAUAGAUACUUGAGUAUAAGAGUUCUCAAGAGAAUCAAAACUAA